UAUACAAUCGUGUAUUGUGUACUGUACAAUGUGCAAAAUGUAAAGGAAAUAUACAAAUAUUUUGUUAGCUUUCACCUUUACCAUAUGUCCGUAAAUGAAGCCCUUCUAUUCAAUAUCACACUGUGUAUAAUCAAAAUGAUAUUCAAUGGAAUCCAAUUGACAAAAAGAUCGCGAAGCAGAUUGAAGGAAACGCUUAUCGGUUGACUAUCGAUGAAAUAAAUAAUUAAUGAGAUCGAAUUAAUUAAAAUUCGAUGCCUCUCGGCAACAAACCUGAAUGUGUCAAGUGUGGGACUCGAGAGACCCCGCUUUGGCACUCCACCGAAGCCGGUAAUCUUUGCAAUGCUUGUCUAGAAGAAGAGAGAAAUUCUGAAGGGAAUAUAAACAUAAAAAUCGAAGAUGAGGACAAAGGAGGAUCGUUAAGACCCACCAGGAGAAGUACAAGAAUCACGAGAUAUUGCAAUUCUAAGUCAGUUACACACAAAAUUAUACCCAAAGGGAAAGGGAGAAGAAAUUUAUUUAAAAAAACUCCAGUUAAAGCACCAACAGCUACAGCAACCCCAGUUACAAGUAAUUAUGUAUUUUAUAAAGGUACCUAUUUUCAAGUGGGUGAUAUAGUUUCUAUGCAGGAUAUCGAUGGAGGGAUUUAUUAUGCUCAAAUUCGUGGUUUACUAACAGACCAGUACUGUGAAAAAAGUGCAGCUGUUACUUGGCUUUUGCCUACCACUGCAAGUCCACCACCUGAUGAAGGAUUUACUCCUGAGACAUACAUUAUAGGACCAGAGGAAGAUCUCCCACGCAAAUUAGAAUGCAUGGAAUUUGUAAUGCAUGCACCAUCGGAUUAUUAUAAAUUAAAAAAUACACCAUACCCACCAUCACUUACAGAAAGGGGUACUGGAUAUAUAUGGACUACACUUAGAAAUGAAAUUGCUACAUCUAAAAAAUAA